AUGUCCGUCGUUGGAACGUUAAAGGGCGACAUGCCGCAACAAGUACGAUCACUCUACCGCCAAUUAUUACGGCAAGGCGAGCAAUUCGCCGCCUACAACUUCCGCGAGUAUGCGAAGCGACGGACGAGAGAUGCAUUCCGGGAGAAUAUGACCGAGCAAGACCCCCGCAAGGUCCAGGAACUGGUUCAGAAGGGUCUCAAGGAUCUCCAGGGCCUGAAGCGGCAAACGGUCAUCAGCCAGUUCUACGAGUUUGAUCGCUUAGUUGUUGAGGGAUCGCUCUCGGCCAAGCAGAAACACAGCUAG